CAUCGAUCCCCCCAUACAUUCUCCCCCCUUCCACUGCGCACCUAAGGGACACCCAACCUCGGAUCCACGGCACACGCGUUGCACAGGGUUCUUAGCGACGCUGCACGGCAGAUUGGACCCUUCCAGCUAUCUGUACCGGACUGGGGUGUUCCCCCAAAGGGUAGUCGUGGAGUCGAGUUGAUGAUCUAGUUGGACCCAGUGACAGGUUGCCGUGGGACGCAGACCUGCGUAUCGUUUUGCUUAAUGUUUUUCUGUUUUACUAAUCUCUCUUCUUCUCCCCCUUCCCUUCCCUUCUGGUGGUCUGACAGGUGUCUGGGUGGCUUGAGAUGCAGUCAAGGUGCCGCCCUGUGCCAUGGUGCAUACAUAUACCCAAAGAGUCCCACUCCAUUCUAACAUCGGUAGCCGAGACCUAGGCAGGCUCCGAGUGGUCUGUCGUCGGAGAUAAGGUUCGGUUCAGGUGCGGCAGCCGGGUAUCGACAUCCCGCUGAUGGAUCUGGUUGUGUCACUCUACUGAUGGUCAGCGUCAGUCUCAUGCCACGACCACGUUGCCCUCCUCCUUCAUCCACUCUCCUUACCUUCUCCUCGAGGACUACGGAGAUUUUCCCCUUCUCAAUUCAUACCAGAAGCGGAAAAGGGGGGGAUGUUUCGAGGCUCACCAUUCAUUACACAAUUCAAACCAAUUUGUUUUAUCCAUCUCCGCCCGCAUUGCAUACUCACAUUGCCCCUGCAUAUCAUGUACAGCCCUAUCCUGCACCAGACACAUCACAAACGACCUAUCUCCCACGUCAGCGACCAUCGCUAACCCGACCGAAACUUGGCGGGGGAGUCGUCCGGCCAGCCAGUCAGCCAGUCAGCCACCAAUCCCAUCGGGGUCCCCGUGGAUGGAGAGCAGCAGGUUGUCAAUCUGUCUCUGGUGCAGUGGGCCUGCACGCAUCGCAUCUGUGUGGGGGAUAAACCCAGAUGUGAUCAUGAUGGCUGCGACAGCGGCACAGCCAACGGUCUAGACCGUCUAAUGUAUUUGCUUUUUUAUCUUUAUUUUUUUUCUCUCUUUUUAGAUUUAUUGAAUCUGGAUUCAAAGGGCGGUGGGAUGCGAUGGGGCUGCCUACAGAUACGGUCUGCGGGCGUUGUUUCAUUUCCCCUCUUGAGUUGCGAUGGAAAGUGUGGAAUGAGGCUGGCUAGGUCUGGGCCUGGUCAGCAUCUUCUCGCUUUCUUUCCGACUUGGAGGGGUCGUUCGGUUGGAUUGUUCUGGAGUUAGCCGGCCGGCGACUAUGUAGACAAUAGCAGUUCGACUGCACGGAUGUAGCUAAUUUUGAGCGAAGGUGAGAGGUGAAGGAAGGCUGAUGGAGGGACAUAAUUGUAGUAUUUCGGUUGUAGUUAGCCCAGUUGUCCUAGGUGGUAAGUAGGUAGGGACUUGGCAAGCACGCC